CGGCGAGAGCAGAAGCAACAGCAGCGGCGGCGAAGGCUCAGCUUCCGAGUCGCCGCCGAGACCGUGUAAAUCGGGAGCUGCCCCGGCUGCAGGAUGGAGGACGGAUUUUCUAGCUACAGCAGCCUUUAUGACACCUCCUCGCUGCUCCAGUUCUGCAAUGAUGACAGUGCUUCUGCUGCAAGUAGCAUGGAAGUAACUGAUCGAAUUGCUUCUCUGGAGCAGCGGGUCCAGAUGCAAGAUGAUAUCCAGCUGCUCAAGUCAGCUCUGGCCGAUGUAGUGCGACGCUUGAAUAUUACUGAAGAACAACAGGCCAUGUUGAACAGAAAAGGACCUACCAAAGCAAGACUCCCUGUACAAACACUGCCUUUAAGAACUACUGUUAAUAAUGGAACUGUGUUACCAAAGAAAUCAAGUGGCUCUCUACCUUCCCCCUCAGGGGCCAGAAAAGAAAUUGUUUCACCAGCAACUAAAAGAUUAAACAGGUCUGUGAGUCUUCUCAGUGCAUGUAAACUGAAUAAAUCAACUCCAAGCACCAUCAAAAGAACCAGCUCUAGCGAACGAGUAUCUCCAGGUGGCCGAAGGGAAAGCUAUGGAGAUUCCAGGAAUCGUAACCGCACAGGAUCCACCAGCAGCUCUUCUAGUGGUAAAAAGAACAGUGAGAGCAAACCCAAGGAACCAAUUUUCAGUGCAGAGGAGGGCUACGUAAAAAUGUUUCUUCGUGGACGCCCUGUUACCAUGUACAUGCCCAAAGAUCAAGUGGAAUCUUACAAUUUGGAAGCAAAAGUAGAACUACCAACCAAGAGACUUAAACUGGAAUGGGUCUAUGGGUAUAGGGGACGAGAUUGUCGUAACAACCUAUACCUACUUCCAACAGGUGAAACUGUAUAUUUCAUUGCGUCAGUAGUAGUGUUAUACAAUGUUGAAGAACAACUUCAGAGACAUUAUACUGGUCAUAAUGAUGAUGUGAAGUGCCUAGCAGUUCAUCCUGAUAGGAUCACCAUAGCAACAGGCCAAGUUGCAGGUACAUCUAAGGAUGGAAAACAAUUACCCCCACAUGUACGCAUCUGGGAUUCUGUCACAUUGAAUACGCUGCAUGUCAUUGGAAUGGGUUUUUUUGACCGGGCAGUUACCUGUAUUGCUUUCUCUAAAUCUAAUGGAGGAAGCAAUCUUUGUUCAGUAGAUGACUCCAAUGACCAUGUGCUUUCCGUGUGGGAUUGGCAGAAAGAAGAAAAAUUAGCAGAUGUCAAGUGUUCUAAUGAAGCUGUAUUUGCUGCUGAUUUCCACCCCACGGACACCAAUAUUAUUGUUACAUGUGGAAAAUCACAUCUGUAUUUUUGGACAUUAGAAGGAAACUCCCUUAUUAAAAAGCAAGGAUUAUUUGAGAAACAAGAAAAGCCAAAGUUUGUCCUUUGUGUGACCUUCUCUGAAAAUGGUGAUACCAUUACUGGAGAUUCAAGUGGCAACAUCUUAGUUUGGGGAAAAGGUACAAAUCGAAUAAGCUAUGCAGUCCAAGGGGCCCAUGAGGGAGGCAUUUUUGCACUUUGUAUGCUAAGGGAUGGCACACUGGUAUCAGGAGGAGGAAAAGACAGAAAACUCAUCUCUUGGAAUGGAAACUAUCAAAAACUUCAUAAAACAGAGAUUCCAGAACAAUUUGGUCCAAUAAGAACAGUAGCUGAAGGAAAAGGUGAUAUUGUCUUGAUUGGCACUACUAGGAACUUUGUUUUACAAGGCACUCUGUCAGGGGAUUUUAAUCCAAUUACCCAGGGCCACACUGAUGAACUCUGGGGGCUGGCCAUCCAUUCUUCUAAAUCUCAAUUCUUGACAUGUGGGCAUGACAAACAUGUUACACUCUGGGAUGCAAUAAGUCAUCAGCCUAUCUGGAGUAAAAUAAUAGAGGAUCCAGCACAGUCUUCUGGUUUUCAUCCUUCAGGAUCUGUCAUUGCAAUUGGAACACUAACUGGAAGGUGGUUUGUGUUUGACACAGAAACAAAAGAUUUAGUCACAGUACACACAGAUGGAAAUGAACAGCUGUCUGUAAUGCGUUACUCACCAGAUGGAAAUUUCUUGGCAAUAGGUUCACAUGACAACUGCAUCUAUAUAUACGGUGUUUAUGACAAUGGGAGAAAAUAUAGUCGAAUUGGCAAAUGCUCAGGUCAUUCCAGCUUUAUUACUCACUUGGACUGGUCUGUUAAUUCUCAGUAUCUUGUGUCUAACUCAGGGGACUAUGAAAUUCUUUAUUGGGUCCCUUCUGCAUGUAAGCAAGUUGUAAGUGUGGAAACAACCAGAGAUAUAGAAUGGGUUACAUACACCUGUACUUUAGGAUUCCAUGUCUUUGGAGUGUGGCCAGAAGGGUCAGAUGGAACAGAUAUCAAUGCUGUUUGUAGGUCCCACAAGAAAAAACUUUUAUCAACUGGUGAUGACUUUGGCAAAGUACAUCUCUUCUCUUAUCCCUGUUCACAGUUCAGGGCUCCCAGCCAUGUAUAUGGUGGACACAGUAGUCACGUAACUAAUGUAGACUUUCUAUGUGAAGACAGCCAUCUCAUCUCCACAGGUGGAAAAGACACAAGCAUUAUGCAGUGGCGAGUCAUGUAGCAUGGACUGCAGCACUAGCACACGCUGGUAACCGUGUAAAGACGUCCUGUGUGGGCUGCAUAGUGAAGACCCCUGUGUGCGGCUGAGCUUGGUCACUGUGAUUGUUUUGUUUUGUUUUGUUUUUUAAAACUCUUACAAACCUCAGGAAAAUUGUGCCCUCUGCCAGUUACCUUAGCUUAGUGAGUCGAUAUAUGUCACUUUGGGGAAAACAAUUUCUAUUUCUUCUUUUUGUUGUAUGAUAUAUAAAACAAUACAUUAAUAUAAAAAUGACUCCACAGUUUACAAUACAGUGAUAACAGCAAAAGUAACUGGUAAAUACUUAGUAACUUUUCUAUAUCCUACAAAAAUGGUCACAGAAUGCCUUUUAAAAUAGUUUAUCUAUAGAAAUGUGUAUGUUCUUUACUGAUUCACCAUCUACACUACAUAGAUCUGCCUGUUUCAAAUAUUUAUGGUAAUACUGAGGUAUUGAAUUGUGGCUGUUGUUGAUUAACUUGUUUGAAAAGAAUAAGCCAACUUAGAAGUUACCAAGUGACUGACUAGUAGAGUUGAAUGCAGGCAUACCACACAGAAUAGAAUUAAGUGGUUCCUCCAAAACAGGACACUAGGCAAAACGUUACACAGGGAAUGGGUUGCAUGGAAAUAAUCCACAAUGAGGCAGAGGUGCCAUGUUGCAAUAGUAUUGUGACAUUAUGGUGGGGUUUUGUUAUAAUGUACUAAUGGACAUAAUUAUGAAACAUUGACCUUGGGGUGACAUUAGUUGUGCUAUGCCUUUAUUUACUUUUAUUUGGUUGCGUUCUUUAAGGUAUGGCAUUAAAGUCUCCUGGAUUGGGAGAACAGGAAGAGAUGAUGGGAUCGUUUCUCUUUUUUGUUAAGCAAAUUCUAUUCCAAAUUAAUUUAAAUAUAUCAGCAGGGUAUGCAAGUAUAUAACUGAUUCCUAUAAAUUGUACUGCCUAACCAAACUAAAGCCAACCUUUUAACAUGCAUAUAAAUCAUAUGUUCUGUGUAACCAACCACCGCCCAUUAAUGGUUGAGACAUGUAACCACCAUAAUCUGUGUAUCAGUUGGCAUGAAAUGGCAUUGUACUUGCAUAGGACUUUAGCAAUUCAUGAUAAAUGGCUAAGGCUAGGCUCUACUUUUUUAUGCUUACGGAUAUUGUAUAUUUGUAUUUUAAGACCAAGUAGAUCAAGUGAAAAAGAUCUCUUUUUAAGUGUAUCAUAAAGCUAUAGAGGAAAAUGGAAGUCUUGAAAGGCUACAUGAAAUAUUAAUGUGCAACUUCUGGUCCCUGUCUUUUGUGCAUGGGUGGAUAUUUAUAGUAUGAAAAAAGAUUGUGGUUUGUAAUGAUGUAAUAAUGGAGUUGGCAUAAAUUGUCAAGAAGGCCUUAUCAAUUUUGAUUGUGUGACACAGAUUGAAAUUUAUUGUUUACAUUGGGGAAUGUAUCUAAGAUUUUAAAAUAGAAGAGUAAUUAGCAGACUCUUAAAAGAUAAUAUUAAAAUUUUUGCUUGUUCCAGACAAGUAAAUGUGUUGAAUUCUUUGAUCUCUCCAGCACUGGUUUUUUAGAGUGGUUGAUGAAACACACAAAGAAUACAUACAUUUGGAAGCAUUUUUUAUUAUUACAUCUCUGGCCUGCUAUAUUGAAAGUGCAGGUCACCAAUAAACAUAUGCAUCAAAAAGGAA